AUGGAUGCAACAGCGAGGUCUGGGCAAGAGGACGUUCCCGGCACCGAGUAUCUGGUAGAUGUCGGCCAUAGUCUGGAUGUCUCUCAUGCAGGAAAGGGUAGCUCAGACAUCGUGCUUAUCCCACAGCCGACCGUCUGUGGCGGAGACACGUUAACAUGGUCGCAAUGGAAGAAAAACUACCAACUCUUCCUCCUCGCACUCUACGCCUGCGCUUUCUCAUACGGGGAAAACACUCUCGGUGCCGCCUGGACGACCGUCAGCGAAGACACAGGCGUAUCCCUCACCAACAUGAACGGCGGCAGCGCGCUCAACUACCUCCUUCUCGGCUUCGUCAACAUCCUAUGGAUUCCAACGGCCAUGAAGAUCGGGCGUCGACCGGUGCUGCUGCUGACGACGCUCAUCUGCACGGGCGCGGGCAUCUGGUCAGCGAGCUUCACGGGGACGGCGCAGUGGAUGUUGACCAACGUGCUCAACGGCUUCGGCACCAGCGCCUACCAGGCGGUGAUCCAGCUGUGCGUCUUCGACAUGUUCUUCGUGCACGAGCGCGGGCGCGGCCUGUCGUACUACCUCUUCGGCCAGCAGCUGGGCUCCAUCCUCGGCCUCAUCACCGGCGGCAGCAUCGCCGACGGCCCUGGCUGGCGCUGGAGCCAGUGGAUCGUCGCCAUCAUCGAUGCUGCCGUGCUGGUUCUGCUGGCUCUUUCCUUUGAGGAGACUAUGUUUCCGCGGUUUUUGUUCGCGCGGCACAGUGCUGCUGGGGAGAAUUCGAACGGACCUGUGGAGGGCGAGGCAAGCGGAGGCAAUCAGCACGAGGUCGACGACCCGGACCGAAAGGGCACGAAGGUCGUCGCGGAGCAGCAGUCUGCAAACGGCGUCGACGCCGAAGUGGGCGACACGUUCCCCGACAUUCCGAAGAGGACUGCAAUACAGAGAUUGAAGCCUUGGACGUACUACCCACAAGACACCACGACCUGGUGGCAGUACCUCCGGCGGCCCUUCGUCCUAUUCGCAUUCCCAAACGUCGUCAUCUCCGGCCUCAUCUUCGCAUUCGGCUGCACCGCUGGCAUCGUCUCCUUCAACACCAUCUCCGAAAUCCUCACCCACCCCCCCUACAACUUCAGCACCACCUCCACCGGGCUCGUCUUCCUCGCCGCCCUCGCCGGCAACGUCCUCGGCUUCCUCACGGGCGGGCCCCUCAGCGACGCAAUCGUCCUGCAUCUCGCGCGGCGGAACAGCGCCGGUGGCGUCAAAGAACCCGAGAUGCGGCUGUGGGCUUUGCUGGCGCCGGCGCUGUGCGGCGCCGUCGGGUAUUUCCUGUACGGGUGGGGCGCGGCGGCGGGGGCGCACUGGGCGGCGGUGGCGGUGGGCGUGGCCGGCUUGGUCGCGCAGCAGGUGGGCGCGUGUGGCGUGGCGACGGCGUAUGCGAUGGAUUGUUUUCCGGGGAUCUCGGGUGAGCUGGUUGUUGUGCUGGCAAUCUGCUCGUCGUGCGUCAACUUCGCCAUCUCGUACAGUGUGCAGCCGUUUGUCAAUGCGGCGGGGUAUGGGUGGGCGUUUACGUUCUUUGGGAUUUGUGUUCUAGGUAGCAUGCUUGCCGCUGUGCCGAUGGGCAUUUAUGGGAAGAGUUGGAGGAGGAAGUGUGCUGGGAAGUAUCGUGAUUUUCUGAGGGAGAGGGGCGAGGUUGAGUAA